AUGCCCGGUGGAGACGAUAAGAAAAAGGUAUCUGCUUCCCCCUUGAGCAAAACCAAGUCCACGCUCUCGCCGCUGGCAACCAAAAGCUCCAAGAGCCCACCAAGCAUCGUGGUGAAGCCGGCUACGCCAAAAACUCCAAGUUCAUUAAGUCCAAACGCCAAACCCGCUACUUCCAGUUCAAGGGUGACUCGAUCCAUACAAAAAAUGGCUUCAACUGCUUACGAGUUAGCUUUAAAUAAGUUCAUUGCGGUCUCAGAUCGUCUAAGCGAUCUCGAAAGCAGAACCAACACUCCUGGGAACGAAACUCCAAGCGUUUCCAUGCUCCAAAUCCGUCGGGAGCAAGUCCGAGUGUUAUGGGACGAGGUGGAGAAAGAGUUCGACGUAUGCUCAGAGUGCAUUACGGCAGCAGGCGAGGAUGCAGCUUCCACAUUGCCCAUUCUCAAGUCAAAGUAUAACUACUGUUAUACAGUGUAUGAGAGAUACGCCGCUCAGCUCACAGAUAUAAUCCAACAGGGCACAGCUCCGCCAGCUCAAGCUCAAGCCCCUGCCCAGAACUAUAUCUCCUCUGGCUGUCGGCUGCCUCCGUGCGACACAGAGGUUUUCUCAGGCGAUUACCUACGCUGGCCCACAUUCCGGGACCUUUUUACAGCGAUAUAUAUAAAUAAUCCAAGGCUCACGCCUGUGGAAAAGCUGUUCCACUUAAACGUUAAAACGAGCGGUGACGCGCAUGCCAUAAUCGCAAAUUCCCCUCUCACCAACGAUGGCUUUCGCUCAGCUUGGGAUAACCUAACUGAGCGGUUCGACAACAAGCGAUUGCUAGUAAAUAGCCAGCUUAAAAUCCUCUUCAACCUCCAGUCGAUUUCGCAAGAAUCUGGGGCAGCUCUAAAGGAACUGCAAACUACGAUUCAAGGCUGUCUGAACGCCUUGGAACUGUCCGGAAUCCUGAUUACAGAUUGGGACUGCACUCUUGUCUAUAUGUGUUCGUCAAAGCUCCCCAAGCUUACACUUUCCUUAUGGGAGCAGUCCUUGCACGAUAAAGCCGCAAUUCCAAAAUGGGUUGACCUGAACACCUUUCUCACUGAGCGCCAUCGAACCCUCGAGGCCAUAGAUGACGGCACCAGCUUCGGGACUGCACAAGCACCCACAGCUGCUUCACCUGCCGCAGUCGCCACCAUACGCUGCUGCACCGAAGCAACCCGUUUGCCAGCCCUCCAAGUCGGCCUGAUGUUCCCAGCAACUUCGACAGAAGGCUCAGCCGCUUCCGAUGACCAGUCGGGAGUGCAAGUCUGUUUUGCGUCAGGUGCAAGAUCGGUUCUGCUGGGGACAGCCAUCAUAAAUAUUUGCCACCUGGGUUCGAGUUUCCAAGCUCGUGCCCUUAUCGACUCAGGAUCCGAAGCAACAUUUGUGACAGAGCGUCUGUUCAAUCUUUUCAAAUUACCCUUCCAAGUCGUCCAAGCCCAAGUCUCAGGCUUAAAUCAGACAGUGUCCGCCCAGUCCAAGAAGCUCUGUCAUUUUACAAUCAGAUCUCCAAGUAGGCCCGCUCUGCAGUUAGAGACGUCAGCCUAUGUCCUUCCUCAACUGGCAGGAAAUCUGCCUUCCUACCCAAUUCCGCAAGACUUUCUUCGAAAUCUUCCCGAUUUACCAUUGGCGGAUCCGAAGUUUUAUGAGAGCGCACAGAUAGAUGUUCUGAUAGGAGCCGACAUUCUGCCUUCGGUUCUCCUAAAUGGGGCAAAAACCAACAUCUGUGGCUCCCUCCUUGGACAAGAAACAAUUUUCGGGUGGGUGCUCACUGGGCCAGUAUCCGCUUCCACCCAGAGUCAGAUUGCAACCUUCUCUACGCGAAUUUCCCAAGCGUACGACAAUAGCUUAGAUAAAAUCCUCACCAAGUUCUGGGAGGUGGAGGAUCUACAAAUAAAGUUGGUAAAGGAAUCCGAUUCCGUCUGCGAAGAUAAUUUUCUCCGAACGACCACGAGAGAUGCGAACGGCAGAUACGUCGUAACCCUACCUUUUCGCGACCCGGAACAUCCAGGGUCGGGGUUAGGGUACUCCAGGUCGUUUGCGUUAUCUCAAUUUUUGAGAAACGAGCAACGCUUAAAAAGAGACAUUCCGCUAAAGAUACGAUACGACUCAGUGAUUCAAGAAUAUCUGGAUCUGAACCAUAUGAGAGAGGUCUUUCCUACCCACGAUUUCGCCAGCUACUACCUUCCACAUCAUGCCGUACUUAAGCCUGAGAGCACUACUACAAAGCUGCGCGUAGUAUUCAACGCAUCCAGUCCUUCUGCGAAUGGGGCCAGUUUAAAUGAUAUCCUUCAUGCUGGCCCAGUCUUACAGUCCGACCUUACCAUUCAAAUCCUAAAGUGGCGGUACUUUCAAUACGUGUUUAGCGCCGAUAUUGAAAAGAUGUAUCGGCAGAUCUGGGUAGAUCCGAAGCACACGCCUUUCCAGCGGAUAUUGUUCCGUAAUCCCGAUGGGGACAUCCCAGAGUUCGAGUUGAAAACGGUCACCUUUGGAGUCAAUUGCGCUCCGUACCUGGCCAUUCGCGUGUUUCAACAACUGGCAACUGACGUACAACACAGCCAUCCUAAAGCGAGUGAUGUGUUUACCGACUCUAAAGAAGACGCUCUGCUCUCGAUUCAAGAGCUACAAAGUGCCCUCAACUCCGCUGGGUUUCCAUUGAGAAAAUGGACGUCCAAUCAUAAGGAUAUUUUUGCUCACAUUCCGAGUGACCAUCUCCUGCGCUCCGAUUUUCUGGAGAUCGAUGCCGAAAGCACAGCAAAAACGCUCGGUGUCCGUUGGAAAGCCACAUCUGAUGAAUAUUUCUUUGUUCCGCCCGAAUUAUCCGAUGAAUCGUCCCUUACAAAACGCCAGGUUCUGUCACAAAUUGCCAAAUUGUUUGACCCUGCAGGGUGGCUCGCGCCCUUCGUAGUGCGUGCGAAAAUCUUCAUGCAGGAGAUUUGGCUGCAGGACCUGGGGUGGGACGACGAACUUCCAAGUGAUCUUUGUCUGAGAUGGCAGAGCUUUCUACAAAGCUUUUCUGCCUUAAAUCGAAUCCGCAUUCCAAGGUGGGUCUCCUUCCGACCAGAAUUCAGAGUCGAGCAUCAUGGUUUUUGUGACGCGUCUCAAACGGCAUACGGUGCUGCGAUCUAUGUACGAGUGGAAGUGGGGCAUACGACUAUGGUGCACCUUCUCACUGCAAAGACGCGAGUUGCGCCGGUAAAAACGGUAUCGCUUCCCAGAUUAGAGCUUUGCGGGGCCUUGUUACUGGCUGAAAUGGCAGCAAGUGUUCUUCCGAGUAUGCCAAUACUCACAUCCGAACUCUUCUGCUGGACAGACUCCACCAUUGUGCUCGCAUGGUUAAACAAGCCAGCUUGCCAGUGGACUACUUUUGUUGCCAAUAGGGUGACCAAGAUUACCCAGUCUACAAAGACCGAGAAGUGGUCGUAUGUUCAAUCCGAACACAAUCCCGCAGCCCUGGCCAGUAGAGGGGUAGCACUUCAGGAAUUGGUCGACAAUCCUCUUUGGUGGCAUGGUCCCGCAUGGUUGCAAAAGCCACGCAGCCAAUGGCCAAGUCAGGGCGACAAUUCCCCAGCGACCGAGCUAGAGAAACGUCCCCUUAAGUCCCACGUCGCAACUAUUCCGUCUGAAGAUUUCCUUGACCGUUUUUCCAAGUUCGACAAAGCACUGCGGGUUCUCGCUUAUGUCAAUCGUUUCAUCCAUCGAUGCAAAAAACAAGCAACACCCUCUGAUAAGCACCUGCUAGCGGCGGAAAUUUCCGCCGCGGAACGACUACUUAUUCUGACUACUCAGCGCAAAGACUUCUCCCAUGAUUAUCACUGCUUAAGUGAAAAGCGCUCUGUGCCUUCUUCAAGUUCUAUCCUGAGCAUGAACCCGUUCAUAGAUCAACAUGGUCUGAUAAGAGCGUGCGGUCGCGUGACGGCCUCCGACAGCCUUCAAUAUGAUGAACGGCAUCCAGUUAUCCUUCCAUAUAGCUGCCCACUUUCUCGCCUACUUGUCCAGUUCACUCAUCGCAUAACCCUCCAUGGCGGCAACCAGUUAAUGGUACGCCUCAUUCGGUCAAGAUACUGGAUACCAAAACUAAAGAACUUAGUAAAGGCAAUAGUAAACUCCUGCAAGGUAUGCGUGAUCUACAAGAAAAGGCUACAAACACAGUUGAUGGGCACUUUGCCGAAAAACCGUGCGUCGUUCUCCCGACCAUUUACGUACACGGGAAUGGACUUCGCCGGCCCAUUCGAAAUUAAAAAUUAUACCGGAAGAGCGUGUCUCAUAACAAAAGGAUAUGUGUUAGUGUUCGUUUGUUUAUCCACCAAGGCCAUCCACUUAGAGCCUACCUCUGAUCUCACGACCGAGAAGUUUCUCGCCGCUUUCGCUCGCUUCGUUUCCCGGAGAGGGUGUCCUCGACAAGUCCAGUGAAAAACCUUCGUUGGCGCUGCCGCCUUGCUUUCUCGCGACUUCCUUCAGGCUGUAAAAGAGUCUGUGACAGAUGCCUAUGGUCAUCAGCAGCUCACCUGGCAAUUUAUACCUCCGGGAGCCCCUCACAUGGGAGGCCUAUGGGAAGCUGGUGUUAAGCUUUAAAACACUGUUCUAUAAGUCCACAGCCACUCGAAAAUAUACUUUCGAAGAGCUUUCGACGCUUCUGGCAAAAAUUGAAGCUUGGCUAAAUUCCAGGCCACUCUCCCCUAUGUCCGAAGACCCUUCCGAUCUCUUGGCCCUGACACCAGGUCAUUUUCUUGUUGGAGGACCUCUCCUGUCUACCUUGGAACCAGAAGUCAAAGGGGACACCAGGUCUAUGAUCAACCGCUGGCAGCAUCUAAAGGCUCUCCAUCAGCAGUUUCGUAUGCGAUGGAAGGAAGAAUACCUUAAAGAACUUCACAAGCGCAAUAAGUGGCAGGCCCCCGCGAAGAAUCUUCACGUCGGCGACAUGGUUGUCAUAAAGGACGAGAAUUUGCCUUCCAACCAGUGGGGGCUCGGCAGAAUUGACUCUGUCUUCCCAGGAGCCGAUGGCAAUGUCCGUGUAGUGGACAUCCGCACGGCACGCGGGGUUGUCAAACGUCCAAUCACCAAAGUCGUACUUCUGCCUGUGGAGCCUUCAAAACUUCCACAAUAAAUUGGCCCACAUUUUUUUAGUCCUAAGUUGUUAUCCACAAUUCCUAAUAUGAUUUCCCUUUAUUCACCUUCAUUCAUCCAUGAUCUAGAUCAGAAAAAUGGCUCCCCGAACACGCACCGAAGAACCCCUGGACGGCAGACGUACUCGAGGUAUUAAAUCCUACCGUUGCCGAGUCUGGAAGGGAGUCCAUCCUCUACGGAAGUGUAGCAGGUUUCUGAAGCUGAGCGCUGAGAAGCGGCUUCGUGCAGUCUUGGUAAACAAGUAAUUGCUCGAACUGUCUUGCCCACGACCACUCGAAAGCUGACUGUCGCAGUGGAAAAUGCAAGAAGUGCCAACGGAACCACCACACGCUGCUGCAUAUGCAUGAGCGGUCUAAUUCUGGGCAGCGUUCGCGCCGGCAAAAUCCGCCAAAUCGCCCGACGCCUACGUCAAGGCAGCGCUCAGCCUCCCCUACACCAGCUCCGUCGCUUUCAUCGCUGCUACAACGUCACAGCGUCAACGUCCUUCCGACUGCUUCGGUGAUGGUGAAAACCGGAAGCAAGACUUUCGAGACCGCAGCUUUAAUCGACCCUUGCACACCAGUGAGCUGCAUCGACGCUUCACGACAAGGUGUGCAACGCGACGAUACAGUCCAAAUGCGGGACGACCAAGAUGGAGGUGGUGUUCAAAGUCGAGCCCAAGGUGGGCAUUCGCACACCGACUCGGACACUCAACGACGCCGUCCGUACCAAAUUUAAGGGCAUACAGCUCGCGGAUGAGCGGUUCUAUCUUCCCGCCACAAUUUCUGUCAUUCUUGGGGCGGACGUGUACCCCAAGGUGAUCCAGUCGGGGUUCCUGAUGGUCGACGAAGGACUGCAUGUCGCCCAGAAGACGGUUUUUGGGUGGAUCAUUUCCGGCGCCUGCCACCAACCUUAGAAGCCAUCUUCUUUUGCAACGCUAGCGAUUGCAAGGGGGGCGGAAGGAGCACCCGGUAUUCCCGGCUUUCCGCUCUCCCCGUCUGCUCUCCGCUCUCACCCAGCUUCCCUUUUCCCCACCACGAAGACUCCAUGAAGUCUCCACUGCGCUCUCAACAGCAUUAGAAUAAGUUAGAAUAGUGAGUUCCAUUUUCAUAGUGAAUAAAAGUGGUUGCGCCCACACCCCUACCGAACACCGAAACACCUACGACUCGUCAUUCAACUACAGGACCUGUGCACCUUCCAGGACCCUCCAGAGGACUCGGCCAUCCCCCUCUAAGUUCAAUAGUAAAGAAGAUAGAAUCCAAUAAUAAUAUAACAAUUUUAAAUGCAAAAAACAAAACACAGACAGUUCAUAAAGAUAGAUUAAAAAUUUUUAUAGAAUAG